AUGGUUCAUCAAGUCAAGGUGUCAGAACAACGUCUUCCACGACUCUUGGCCGGACAUCAGAACUCAAUCUUUGAAAAGAUAGUAAGAAAAAUAUAUUCCUCGGUGACAAAUAAUGGAGAUUGUACAAACAGGGAAAUUGUGCAACUGAGACAUGACAUGCACAAUUUGAAAUUGGACUUUCCAGAUGCCCAGUUAUCAGUGCUGAAAGAGGUAGUUGAACAAUUACAUGUUCUUGACAGCUCGCUUAAAGCCAGUUGCAGCAAUUCUCUGAUCCACAGAUACGUGAAAGACUUUGAGUACUCCUUAUUCAAAUAUUGGGGCAUAGAGAAACAGCCAGAUAUGACGGACCUCUUUGUCCAACCAAUUGUGAAAUCCGCGCUUUUCCAUGAUCUCGACGAAAAUUUGUGGGGCAACAUUGAGGAUCUUCUAGCGGCUCUAACUGGUACAUCUAAUGCACCUGUCUCACCUGAGAAACUAGCUAAGAUCAGCAUGUUCAUUAAAAGGUUCUAUAGAAGGACGAUAAUAAAUACUCCUAAUAAUUAUGAGAUUAACAAUAUUGGAUUGAGGCUUGCCAGUUUGAUAACGGGUGCAUUCAGUAUACCGCACGUGGUGGUUAACCAAUUUAGGAGUACAAUCGUGAAAGGAUUGAUCCUGGUUAGGGAUGUGCAUCACGGAAAGAGGGAGGUUCAAAAUGUAGUGCUUUCAGUUAAUAGUAUUAUAGCUGACAUAUCGAAAGUAUUGCAAAAUUCACCAGUUUUGCAAGCACCUACCCACCCACUGGUUUCAAAAAUAAAAAUCACGAUUGUGAAGAGUAUCGUUCGCUAUGCCACAGAAAUACAGGAAUACCGAAAUACAGUAUGCAGGUAUGUGGAAGAGCUAAAGAAGCAACAAAGAGUUGCCGAAAUAUCGUUAGAACAAUUGGAAGUGCUUUUGUACCGUCUACCACAAAUAGUAAAGGAAAUGACCAAAUGUUCAGAGAUCCUGCCAUACAACUCACAUACAUAUUUGCAACGCCUGCUUAUAACUUUGGCUGGUAGAGACGUGCCGGUUGAUUUGUCCUACAGAUUAAUCAAUAUGGUCAGACAACUCAGAAACCAAAGAUGUGAAAAUGAUGUUCCCUUACCAGAAUCACUAGCCCGCAUAGAAGCUUCCCUGUCAGGCAAAGUAUACAAAAAACGCCAACUAAAGAUAGCAAUAAGGAAGAUCUUCACCCAGGUUGCCUUCGCUAACUCUGUGAACUCUCGUUUGAACAAACAUCUGCUCUACACUAUUCAGCACUUAUUGGGAGUUCUCCAGCCACAUGUAAUCACCGAUGACGUGACAGCUGGUAGUUUGGUGUCUGCUGUAAGGGAUUGGGUUUCAGGUUUGAUACAAGCUGUCAACCAACCGAGAAAUAUAGACCAACUGAGGCACAUUGUUGCCAGAAUGUGUUUGAUGUUCACGAAUGUAUUACGACCACACCAAAGGGAACCACUGCCAGAGCUAAACAGUCGGUUCUUCGUACUCAGCAAGGCGAUUGUGAGAUGGUUCCAGGAAUCGUCACCUAGACCACUGGGAGAAUACACCAGAGAAAUCAUUUCAGGUAUCGUUCAGGUUCUGAAGCCUUUGAAUAAUAACGUGGACGAGUCGCAUCUAUCCGCAGUCCUAAAUAUAAUGGUGAUUCAUCUGCAAGGCUAUGCUGUGAACAAGGAUGACACACUGAAUAAUCCUAGCGUAUACUUAACCAAUUGGUUACUGGAACUACUGGGCAAGGAAGUUGUGCCAAAUCAAAAGCAACAGAUCAUUUAUCGUACAAAAAUUGUACUUGCCACGUUGCGAAACCAAUGCUCUUGCGUCACUAGACGUCCUACAGUCAAAAUUCAACCUCUAACUCAAGACUACAUCAAGUUCCUUCAGGUAACAUUAAACAUAAAGAUUGAGUAUGAGAUCCAAAACAUGCUCCAGCAGAUACUACUGAAGCUGGCUUUGACGGUAGAGAGCACAGUGAUGAAACCAAGCGUGCAAUCUUUACCAGCUCCAUACGAGUACCUCAGACCGGGGUAUGUAGACACUUGCAGUAAUCGUGCGCCAUCAGUUUGGGUUCCAGCUGGUGAACACAGCUUAAGCCAAUUGUGGGACCUCAACCUGAUCACAGCUCUGGAUAACGUGAAGAAAGGCAUUUUGCUGUUCCUCGACGACUACAGUGGCCUUGAUCUGACGAGAAAUAUCAGGAAGUUCUAGAUACCAGCCUCUCAGCUAUUAGCAACGAUGCCAUCAGUCAUUCAGAAAGGUUGUCCUUCUCCAUAAAGCUGGUGCUUAGGAUCAACAACGGUGUUGUGGUUCCUGGCAAUAGUGACACGCUCAAGAAAGUUAGAGAAAUCGUUGAUUUGUCCGAUUUGCUGUCAGGUAUAAGAAUUUCUGGAGUUUACCACAGAGAACCACAAAGAGUCUCUCUGAUCAUCAAGAAACUGCUGAUAAAGAUAUCAGGGCUGUAUGGUUGCGCGCCGUCUUCACAAUUCACCCAGACUUUCCAGCAGCUCAUUCUAUACGUGCUAAGGACAAGAACUGCACCUGAUAUCUCAGUCCUGCAUCGCCAUAUUGUACAAGUAUCUCAAGCUGCACAUAUUCACUGGGGACACGUAGUCAUUCCAGCUAAGCGAGUUUCUCUAGACAUUGGUCUGAGAAACCUAUUGGUGAAUGUAGUAAGAAGAAUUGUCGUCCAAGAAAUACAAGUGAACACCUGGGAACCUUGCUUUGAGCAGCUCAAGCCUCUUGUGCGUGCAAUUUCAACAAAAGCUAACCCUAACACACUUGUAGAGCUACUGAAGCAAGUUGUGGCUCCAGUUCAUAGCAGCUUCCAAUGCAGCUCAAUAAGUCAAACAUCGGUAUCUAGAAGUGUCGCAAGCCUGCUACAUGUCCUUGGUGGCUCAUCUUAUCAGGUCGAUGUAAGACAAUAUUUAGCAUUUGAUUAUUUGGUGAACAACGUGAGGGAGAUAGCGUGCAUGAAGAACAGACCACAAAAUAAGCCUGACUACAUAGUGAAUGAUUUUGGGAGGUACCUGCAAAGGAUGGGACUGCCACAAGACAUCGUCAGGACACAUUUACACCGACUAUUCUCGGUUAUGAUCGAAAACCUGCACUCAAACACAGAUGUGUUCCUCUCGAACGUAAGACCAGUCAUACCAGCUUUAGUGCAGGGUAUAUUCAAAAGUCUGCGCGUUACAGUUCAACAAGUCGAGUCACAACGCUUGACGAAACUGUACGAAAAUUUGCUGGUGUCCAUUAAGCACAAGGUGUUCCAAGAGAGACAAGUCCAGACUAUUGUAAAGAUCGUAAGCUCAUUAGUACGACAUCCAAAUAAUGAUCACUUGCAUUACGGAUUGAGCAUCGCUUUCUACCAUCUCACUAGGUCCAUCACCGAAGAUAAUGGUUACACAAAACAUCCUAGGGUGGUACAAUUCUUACAAAACGUGAGAGUAGCGCUGACUAUAUUUGCAGUGAACCGCGUCUCAUUGAAACCAUCUCGAAUCCUUAUCGGUAGCAGAAUGCCGCCAGAACAGUAUCCAACCCUCAACACAGCUCUGUUUAUACUGGCCAGGUCUCUACAGGCCCACCAGCCUCAUCAAUCAGACGGUCCUCUAUUCGAUGCGCUGCUGCAGGUGAUUCGUGAAACCAAGACGACGUCGGUACCUUCGGAAUUGAUCCUACCUUUACAUCAAAUCAAGAAAGAAACUGUGGACUUCCAAGCUCAGCUGAUACGUACUCACGUUUCCUCUACACUACACCACUCAGUGAUGAUGAAGACUGUUGGCGUUAUUGAUGAGUUCAUUAACAAAUUGGAGACCCACUUUGGAAACAUUUUGCCAAAACCAGUAAGAGAAGCACCAUUGACCGACGGCGUUCCAGAAAUGGACAUAUCAGAGCUGGCAUCAACUGACGACCUAUUUGCUGAGUUCAAAGGGCCUGUUGGACUGUCUUCAGCAAGGUCGUCAGCCAAUAUGGAAGCUGUGCUCUUUGUAGACUCUAGUUGCCUUUCUAAUCCAGAAUGUGAGGCACUUCUGAAUUACUGGAGAAACACCAAAAACCAAUAUUCCGGAAUUCGACAAGCGUACGUCGUCUGCGACGAGCAGCCUCAGACAUGUGUCCGAGCUAGAAUAUCUGUCCAAGGUCAGCCCCAACUGGUCACGUACUUAGGAGACGGAAGACAAAGAGCUGAGAAAGAAAGAAGAUACGUGCAGUCCAUUGCUGAACUGAAGAGCUCGUUGUUGGAGAUAUCGGAUGUGUAUUAGUGAAUAAAUAUGCAUUAAUUGCAUUUACGUAGGUUACAAAUAAAAGGGGUCUGCAUUUAUUUGUGGU